UCCCCGCAACUUUCGAUGUACAGCUACAAUUCAGAAGAAUUCCUAAUUCUGCAGCGCUUUUCUCUAUCUGAAUAAAACCCAAUUCCAAUUCUCAAUCUCAAUAUCCAGUUUGUGACAAGAUGGAGUAUCGGCCAUUAGACAUCACGGUGAUAUCGGCAGAAGGUAUAAAGGAUGUCAGUCUUUUCUCCAAGAUGGAUGUUUACGCUGUUGUGUCGAUUGCUGGGUAUCCUAAGUCGAAGAAGAAGACUUCCAUCGACAAGGAUUGCGGUACCCAUCCAAAGUGGAAUCACCAUGUGAAUUUUGUAGUUGAUGAACCGUAUUUGACGAAGCCUGGCCUAUACCUUCACUUUCAACUCAUGGCAGAUCGGUCAAUCGGAGGGGACAAGGUGAUUGGCGAGGUUUCCGUCCCGAUCGACGAGCUUUUCCAGAAUGUCAAUUCAAAUCCCGGUGGAGAAAGGGUGGUUGAAUAUCAGCUUACAACCUCGUCCGGAAAACCUAAGGGCAAAAUCAAGUUUUCGUAUAAAUUUGGGGAGAAAUUCACGCAACAAGUGGAGACAAAAAAGCAUGUGGAUGAGCCUAUGACUGCGUAUCCAGCGCCACCACCACAUGUUGCCGGAGGAAGCAUGCCGCCUCAUCAGGGAACGGGAUACGGUGCUCCCCCUCCUGGGAUGGCAUAUCAACAAUAUCCUCCUCAUCCGGGGUAUGGCUAUCCACCACCAGGUGGGUACCCGCCUCCUGGAUACGGUUAUCCUCCGCCGCCUCAACCGGGCUAUGGUGGAGAUUCAUACUCGAUCUGA